CGAGAUGGCGGAUGAUGCCGAGAGCGGGGUGAAACUCCUAGAAAGACAACGCCCCAGAUGUAACAUUGACGCCAAAAAAACGGCCUCAUUCAAGAUCUAAUAUUCUGAGGAAAUCGCUUAAACGUCAAUCCCCUAAAACAUGUGGGAAUCCCUCUACGGGAGCAAACCGCGUGCGAUAUGGAACGCGCCGCUGGCGGUUACACGGGAUUUACAUGCCACCAUGAACCAGCGCGUCGAGUGUAUUUUCCUCGCCACAGAUUUCCAUUGAAAUCAAUGUAGGCGGUUUGAGACCGGUGUCCGGAUUUCAGGUGCAGAAUCUGAACGGGAAUCGGCGCAGAAAAGGGAACGCCCAGCGGAAUCAUCCACAAGAAGCCGCCGUAAAAGCUGCUUCUGGUUUGUGCGGAUAUUGUCGCAGAUUUUACAAAGGGGGAAAACGCCAAUCUUUACAGAUUUUUUUCGCGGCCCGUGGAUGAGAUGGCGCUAUAAUACGCUGCACAUUUACCGCACACAAAUCCGAGACCUCGAGUGGAGAGGAGCUGAAAUCCACGCGUGGCCACCAAAACAACCGCGUCCUGAUGAAGGGAAUGUGUCCGAGAAACGUCUGCGGCGCGGACUGCACCCCCAGACUGUCAGCUCCUGGGGUCCACCUGUAUGGCGCCCCUGUAUGGGGAAUGUGCAGCAGGUGGCGGCAGGCGGGGGUGGGGAGGCAGGCGCUGACAUCACAGGGGAGAACUUCCAGGGAAUUUGUGUGUGGGCCAGAGGAGGAGGAGGAGGAGGAGGCCGGGAUAAAGGAGGGAAGUGCAGCUCCGGCCUCAACACUUGUGGAGUCUGCAGCCGGGAUGGAGGUCAUCACAGAACAUCUGGCUGGAAUCCCCUCACAGGACCAAGAUGGGAAGGAAGCCAAGCGGCAGGCGCAACUACUGGUCUCCAUGGCAAAGUUUGAGGCCGGCCAACUGGUGGACAGAUAUCUCAGUCAUCAAGGACCUCCGUUCUCAGACAAUGGAGCUAAAGUCCCUCAAGCAAAGGUAGAAGAUCUACCUACCCUGGAUCAGAACAACCUCCCGUCCUCUCCGUGGAAGCGCCUGAAUCUGAGCCUCCGGGCAUUCUUGUCUUUGAGAGAGUGGUUGGCUGCAGUCCAUCUCUGGCAGAGAUCCCUCAAUCCUAAAGCCUGGGAGCUUCUUGAUCUCCUGGAAAUUGCAGAGAGCAAUUCCAGAGCCAUCAGCUCCAACCUGACCGCACUACUGGGAAGGCAAGAUGUCUCCUCUCCUUCUCUGACUGCGCUUUCCACCACCAUGAAGAAAAAGGUGGCCGGGUACAUGGUGUGUAAGAGUUUUUAUGAGUGGCUCAACCAAACAGAGAGGGACCUGAUGAUCCUCCUAGCAGAAAGCCCUGUGUAGUUCUCAACCAAGAGGCCUUGUUAGACAUAAUCUUCCUAGACAGACACUUCUAGUUAGACAUGCCUACCUCAGUGAGGACACGAUUUGUAUAUUUUGAUGAUUCUUUUUAGACUGGGGUUUUUGGGGUGGAAGGAUCAAGCGGUUAGACUGUGUCUCCUUCCAAGUAGAAGCCAGGGUCUACUUGUGGCACUGGAGAGGACUACUUCCAAUGGCUAAUGGACACUUGAUGUCACUGUGCUCCUGUGUUGAGGUCCCGAGGUUCCCAGUCCACCCAUGAUAAAACGCACACAUGUGAGAGGAUCUAUAGAUCUUGAGAGGUGGUGUGUCAACACUUCACAACAUCCAAAUAUUAGGUUCUUGUGUAAAUGGAGAACUCUUCCAGUCUGGUCGUCUUCUGACCCUGCAACAUCUUCAGCUAUUGUUCCUCUUGUCGCAGAAAGUUCUAAGGUUGUAGACUUCAUUGGAUCUCCUUGAGACCUUUCUUCUAUAUACGCCCUCAGCACAGCAGCUUAAGCUCCAACCGGCCAAUGGAAUUUGGGUUCUACAAAUCUCCAUUUUCAGAUUCCCAUCAUUUAUGCAGAUCUGUGUGAUGGACAUUUUUGCCUAUGGGACUAUAUGGAUGUUCUCCACAGUCCAGGUGACUGGUUUCUCUGGUACCUGCAACUGAGAACAAUGGUAUGGUACAGAAACAGGAAGAUAAACCUGGACCAUGUGACUUGUAUCUGACCAUUUCUGUGAACUAACCGUGGACUGAAACUUGGUGUCUUAUUGCGCUUAGUCGUUGGCGGUUCUUGGCUUGACGUCUAAUCCCUGUGCACCUCAGACUGAGACUGACAAGCUGAGCCUGCUCAUGUCUGCAAUAAUCAGGCAGUUUAGAUACUAAUUAAUUCUAGAUCUGUUGUGAUUUAGAAGGUUUUAUAAUGUUUCAUAGACUUUAUAUUAAAUUUUUCUAAAGAUU